UUCGUCCGGAUUGAGUGGUUUGUACAGCGGAGUGGGAGGGGGAAUGGAUCCUGAGCUGCGGUAGGGACUCCGAGGACAGAGCAGUUAGGUUGUUGUGGAGCGGAGCCCAGCCCAGGGCGGCGGCGAGAUGUCCAAGACCUAUGUGCAGAUGGCCUUCAUGGUCCUGUUUUCAUUCCUGUUGACCCUGGGCUUGGGCUUGUGGCUCCCCGAGGUUCUCAGUGCUUUUGUCCAACUGUUUGGUUUGAAGGAGGAUAUGGUGACUCACAGUAUCGUGCUGAUGUACCUGGUUUUUGUGUUGUACUUGGCUGUGCCCUCUCUACCGCGGGGCUCGGUGAAGAUUAAGGACAAAGCCGUCUUGAUCACAGGAUGUGAUAAAGGAAUUGGGUUUGCUCUGGCCAAGCAUCUACACAGCAAAGGCUUUACGGUCUUUGCCUGUUGCCUCUUAAAGGAUAAGAAUGGAGAAGGUGCUCAAACACUUGAGAAGAUGAAAUGUGAACGUAUGAAAGUUCUUCAAAUGAACGUAUGCACAGAUGAGGAGGUGCGACAGGCCGUGGAUUUUGUAAAGAGCCAGUUGAAGGAACCUGAGAAGGGUCUCUGGGGUGUGGUAAACAAUGCUGGCAUCUCAACCUUUGGAGAAGUGGAAUUCACAAGUUUGGCACGUUACAAGGAUAUUGCAGAUGUUAACUUGUGGGGAAUGAUCCGAGUAACUAAAGCCUUCCUCCCCCUAAUCCGGAGAGCAAGAGGUCGUGUUGUGAACAUUGCCAGCAUGUUCGGACGCAUGAGCGUAGCGAGUCACUCUGCAUACUGUAUUUCGAAUUAUGGAGUGGAGGCAUUUUCAGAUUGUCUACGCUAUGAACAACGGCGCUGGGGUGUUAAAGUCAGCAUUAUUGAGCUGGGAAACUAUAUAGCUGCCACAGGUUUCCUUACUCGUGAUCAUGUUGAAAACAUCGCUGAAAAAAUGUGGAAUGAAACUGCUGAAAUUGUACAGGAGGAUUACGGGAGGUCUUACUUUGAUCGACAGACAUUGAUAAUGAAAUCUUUCUGCAGCAACAGUACAAAAGACAUGUCUCUUAUUAUUGAUGCCAUCAUUGAUGCACUAACCUCCAGAUAUCCAUACAGCCGCUAUGAACCAAUGAAUGCCUAUUGGUGGCUUAGAUUGCACAUUUCAGCUCACUUACCUACUCCUAUAGCUGAUUGGUUGUACAGACAUUAAACACCUUGCCAGUGCAUUGCUAGAAUGAUCUGCUUCCACACCUUAUGCCAAUUUCCUCAUGCUUCCUACUCCUUUCUUCAUUACCAGUGCCAACUAGAACUACUCUAAUCCAAGGACACUUAAUGAAAUUGCACAAAGUUAAUCAAAGUUCUAUUUUAUAGCUUUUAUACAUACUUAAUUAUUUUUCCCUUGAACACAUCGUGUUUGUCACAGGGUAACAGGUACUCAAAAAAAUGAUGUAAUACUGUUUAUUUUUUAAUGUACAUAUGUGUAAUUCCAUUCAACUGUUGAAACAUUGUGUAUUGUUCUUCAGUAUUUUUGUGUGUGAGGUACAAUUUGUUAAAUAAAAACAUUCUUAUGAUUACA